GGAAGUUACCUGCACUCGUACAUAACUCAUUGAACCUGACCUUGCUCACACUUUUCCAUUUCAUGGCCUGCUCGGAUGACGCUACGAUCACUUCCUGCGGCAUCGGCAGGGGAAAAUCACGCGUUUGUCGUGCAGGCGGCUGUUGGAAAAGCUCAUGCACUCCUACUGACAGACGAGGGUGUGAUUUACAGCUGGGGCCCCAAUAAUGACUUUGGCCAGCUUGGGCGUGUGUGCAGCAACCAGGACAAGAUGCUGAUGCCGACACCAAUAAGUGCCAGCAUCAAGCAGGAAAUUAUCGUUCAGGUUGCUUGUGGUUCGAACCAUUGUCUUGCUUUGACCCAAAAAGGUGCUCUUUUUGCAUGGGGCCAGAAUAGAGCUGGUCAGCUUGGCGUGGAUGGAUUUAAUGCUCACGCUCCGGGGAGCGAACUCGUUGUGAACCUUCCAACCCCUGUCAAGUUUUUCAAUGGGCAGGAAGGGGCUAUGUGCGCAAGGAGUUGCAGCUGUGGCCCUGAGAGCUCUGCAUGUGUCACCGUCAGGGGCGAGGUGUAUGCCUGGGGUGCAAUCAGCUACUAUCUUAUGGGCGCAGAAAAACAAUAUGGACCUGGGGAGAAUUGCACCGUUCCUGUUUGUAUCAAGAACUUGCCCAAACAGCUGUACGCGGACGAGUCGGGGCCAGACCAGGUGUCUGUUUACAAGGACAUUGUUGCCUGCAAUGUGGCGAAACUGAAUAUCGAAGAUGAGAUGGCCAGCCUUGUGAGAUCCUUGAAAAGCCGGUCAUCUCAAUUGCUCUCCGUGCUGCGUAUGAAGAGGGCCGAAGCGAGCGACAGGCCAACAGCAGGAGAAGACAACUUUGAUGUAGAGGAGCUUCGGCUUUUAAAUCAUGAUUUCCAGAAUCAAAAGAAGGUCGUUCAGGGCCACAUGGAUACCUUGCAGAAGCAGUUCAGCAGCUAUAAGACCGAACUGUCCAGAGUGAAGAGAGAGCUUACGGUUUGUGAUCAACAAGACGCAGCCCUGACUGAGACAGCUCGCAAUUUGGAGGCCAGAAAGGAUCAUGUUGGAGAUAGUGCUGCGAACAAGCGCACUCUUGAAACGAAGCUUCACGACAUCAGCCACUUCAAGUCCUCGAAUCAACGCAAAAGACUUCAGUUGCUGAACGACAGAGACGAGACUGAGCGCCAGCUACUUCAUCUCACCCAGGAGUUGACCGUUGCGCUGAACCACCAACAACAGUUGGAGAGCCGCACGAGAAUGAUACGAUCUCUUCAUGGUGAUUCAGGCAAUAAGAACAGCACCCUGGAUGAGAAGGGGCUCAAGGUUGCAGAUGACAAGCGAAGAGAGCUUGCCGCCACAGAACCAAUGCAGCUAGCAGGUUCUGGGCGCUUCGAUGGGUUGCACGAAGUUGUGGAGAUGUCAAAUGGUUCACUCCAGGAUGUUUCUAGCUCUUUGAAGGAGGUUCGUGCUGCAGCUGAUGGUGAUGGUGAUGUGCUCGAAGAAGUGCUCGAGGGCAACCUGGAGAUUAGGAAAGAGAUCAACGAGUUGAUUAAGGCUUCGGGCGUUAAGCCUUCAAAUCUUCGCCGGAGGCGGAGGGCUGCGCCCAGAGCGACAAGAUGCUGAAGAGCUUUGGGAGGAGAGAAGGAGUCAGGCAGAAUUUGGUGCUUUUGAUGACGAAGGCGCAUCUCCAGGAGCUGAGGUUGCAGAGCAAGGCACGUGUUCAUGCCCUGAGAUCGCCAUCCAUUGUUUUGGAAUCUUGCCAAGGCCCAGGUAGGAAUGGGAACGUGAUAUCGCUGAAGGCUUGUUGCAGUUCUUCCAAGAAGCAGCUCUCGUUCAGCCGAAAGAGUCAGAAACCCAAAGCAAACCGCGCGGUUUUUUAUGGUAGUCAAGGAUUGAGCUAUCUCCAAAGAGAGACUGUUCGGAACUGCGUUUCAAUUUCUCACAAAGGUGCCCUUUGCAAAGGCCAAAGGUCCGGUCAGUAUUUGUGAGUAGCUGGCCGUUCUUGCAAGAAA